ACGUUUUUUCCUAUUUCUAAGCAAAGCAAUAAAGUGUGCAAUUAUAGAUUUUAAAUGUACAAUUAAUGUGGAAUUAAGAGCACUUAUUCAUUUGUUUCUGCUGUUAAGGUUCCUUGACAGCGUUCCUACGGUUAUUUUUGUCUAUUGCAUCUUGCACUUGCACCAGGUGUUCGUUUGCAUCGUUGUACCGACCAUUGACAAUAAGAAAUUUCUGAAUUUAUUGACUUCAUUAAUAGUAGAAUUCUGUUCUUACUACUGUUGAUAGUAGUAGAUUCUUGCAUCUACCGACUUGUCGGUAUUAGUAGAUCUCUGCAUUAGAAGGAUUCCCUCAGCUGAGAUACUCUGAAUAUACAAAUAUAUGGUAACGAUGAUCGAGGUUAUUUGAAUUUAUCGAAUACUUAAAAAUUAAUGGCUUAAUAAAUGUCGAUUUUUGGUUAUGAUGAGACAUCAAGAUAUUAUAAAUGACAAUGAUACCGAGACUGAUACUGCCGAGGAAGAAGAGAUCACAGAAACCGAGGAAUCUUCAUCAACAGGAAAAGUUACUCCACAACAAUUAACAUUAUCCUUUUCAAAAUUGUUCUAUAAAAGACUUCCGAAAAAGUGUGUUAAGUUUUCUUUUUUGAGUCUAAACAGUGUUACCUUCCUUGCUGGUUUAAGUGCUGUGAUCAUUUCAAUUUGGAUGCUUGCCGAUAGUAAAAUGAUGUCAAGAUUGAUAGGACAACGUAUAUACAUAACGACGUUACUCAUGAUAGGAAUAUUCGCAUCUAUUUUAGCAGUUAUCGGUAUAUCUGGUUUUUUCAAAAGAAAAUCCAAUUUUUUGAUGAUCUAUAUAAUAUUCCACGCACUAUUUCUUUUUUCAAUUUUCAUCUGCUCUGUUUUGAGUUUCUCUUUAUUCGAUAAACUUACGAGAAGUAUUCACGAGGAUAUGUCUAACUCGAUCGAAAAUUAUCGUUAUUUGGAUUGGGUUACAGAAGCUUGGGAUAAUACGCACAGAUACUUAAAAUGUUGCGGUAUUCGAUCGCACGAAGAUUGGAUAAAGCAUGGUAUGCUUAUACCACAGAGUUGUUGUUCGACUACCGUCGACAAGUGUUUAAACAUGUCCGCCGAAGUAGUGUACGAGUCUGGCUGUUUAAAUGGCGCCGUUGAUUUCCUCAAAUCUUCGAUUCAUACGGUUUCUAUGUCGGCCCUUUUCGUGUCAUUAGCUCUAGUACGUAAUACGUUAUUUAGGAUAAGAAUAAUAAUUGUUUAUUCGAUGCAUUUUCUUUUUAAAAAAAAUCUUCUCAUUUUUAGUUCGCAAAUUUGUUCUUUGCUCUUGCUGUACGAAAAAGAUUCAAGAUGUACCCAUUGAACUAGUAACGAGUCGUAUUUACUUACAUAUCACAUAUGACCUGAAUAAAGUGAAUACGAAAAUCUGUGAUCAGAAGUGAAUGACAAGUCGGCGAUGAAACGUUUUUUUCCCCUUUUUAUUAUCAUAUAUAGAUCAUAUAUUUUCUGAAAACACUUAAUAUAUUGUACUUAAGAGAUAGUAAUAUUGUGUGUGUAAGUUAUUGGACAUGCUGGUAGGGUCAUGACAUUCCUUCCUGCCUCUGGGCAGUAUAUAUAUAUAUA